GUCACAUACAGAUCCACGGAGUAUGAGAUGUCCGACCUCCCUUCUAAACAGGCCUGUGCUUAAAACGAGUGGUAAAAGGAAAAGAGGCAGCAGGCAAAUCGCAGGGCUGCGCAUAAGCAUUAGCCACUGUACCUGGGAAAGACUGAAGAACAAAACGCAGAGAAAGAAAGGAAGGGGGAAGACAAUAUAAAGAGAUUGUCAAAGAAUGGAAGCAGUGAAGAGACGUCCGAUCAUCGCUGGCAGAGAGAGAGGCCCAGGCCCUGGUCGCUAUGCUCUACCUCCAACGGUGGGCUACAUCAACCAUGACUUCACCAAGCCCAGUAGCCCCGCCUACUCCUUUCACAGCCGCCUGAGCAGCAGAAUGGUCUCUGUGGAUUCCAGUCCCGGACCACGGUACCAUGUCGAUGCCAAGAUGACUCGUUUUGGCCGCGACGGAACCCCUUCUUUCUCUAUGCUGGGCAGGGCAAGACACAUCGCUGAGCUUUUCCAGACUCCAGGUCCAGGUGCCUACAGCCCAGAAAACGCUCCUCCCUUCAACACUCAUCGCAGACCUCCCUCCUACACUAUUGGCUCUCGGACACGCUACCGUAUAGUGGAUGCUGUGCCUGCCCCCAACAGAUACACGCUCCCUAACCUGCUGGGUACCCAGGUGCCCCACAAGCCAUCCAGUGCCAGUUAUAGUCUGGCAGCGCGCAGGCAGGUAGGAGCUCCAUCAGAAGACCUUUCCAUGACCCCUGGACCAGGACGCUACAACAGCACUGACCCCAGUGUCUACCUCACACGACAGCCCUCUUUCUCUAUGCAGAGCCGGACCAGACGGCCCAGUGACCAAUCACAGAAGCCCGGGCCAGGGACCCACAGCCCAGAGAAGGUUCUGCUCCACCUUCCCAGACCUCCAUCUUACUCCCUGGGCAUCAGACACUCUGAGUUUGUAACUCCUCUAGUGGUGGAUGUUUUAGACUGAUAUGUUUUUGUUUCUUUUACA